ACGUCACCGUGGCGGAAGUCACGGCAGCUGUGUUGAAAUCGUAUCGCCCGGUCUUAGAAGCUUCUGCUCACGCCGAGGCCAGCGACGGUCGGGCGGACCCCCUGACGCCUACUCUGCAGCCCUGCUGACCUGACGCCGCUGCCACGCCAUGUCCACCCCUCCGUUGGCUGCGUCAGGGAUGGCGCCCGGGCCCUUCGCCGGGCCCCAAGCCCAGCAGGCGGCCCGGGAGGUUAACACCGCAUCGCUCUGCCGGAUCGGGCAGGAGACGGUUCAGGACAUCGUGUACCGCACCAUGGAGAUCUUCCAGCUCCUGAGGAACAUGCAGCUGCCAAACGGUGUCACUUACCAUACUGGAACAUAUCAAGACCGGUUAGCAAAGCUCCAGGAUCAUCUUCGCCAACUCUCUAUUCUCUUCAGGAAGCUGCGAUUGGUCUAUGAUAAAUGCAAUGAAAACUGCGGAGGGAUGGAUCCCAUUCCAGUAGAGCAACUUAUUCCAUACGUGGAAGACGAUGGCUCAAAGAAUGAUGACCGGGCCGGCCCACCUCGUUUUGCUAGUGAAGAGAGGCGAGAAAUUGCUGAAGUCAAUAAAAUGGAGGCUCUAAAAGAUCUGGGCUAUUCCAUUUCUUCAGAGGAGAAUCUUCCAGUGCCCUAAAUAGAGUGUAGUCUCAUGUCUUCUUGCCGUCUGCUGUGCUGGUGGCACUGAAUCCCCAGCUGUUCUGGUUCAAUUUCACAGGAAACAAACCUCUCGCUCCCUGAAACGUGGGACAGGACGCGGGAGAGGGUACUCAGUCCCCCGUUGGUGAGAAGUGGGAGUGAGCACCUGGGCUCUCGCGCAUCCCUGUAGCUGUUUCCCUCCAGUUUCUGUCCCCGGGGCCUCACGUGCUGACUUUGCGAUGGCACCUGUCUCCAGGUCUCCGUGGCGGAUCAGCCCGUUCUCACUGGCAUCCUUCCUGCAUCUAUCUGGGUUGUACAGUAGUUUCCUCCCAUGUCAUUUAUUGCUCCCCUUCUACUUUUCAUUCUUAACAUGUGCCACCUGACAUCUACUGUUGUCUCCUUUCUGAUCAUUUUUCUCCACAUGGAUUUAUAUAGCUUUUUCAUUCCUCUCCUGCCAUUUUAUUAGGGUUUGAGAAAAAAGAAAAGAUAAACACAUGUGUUUAGUCCACAGUGUUUAUCUGCAACAGGCUUACUUCAAUGAACAAAGUAGUAUUUCUGAACGUUCAUCUAUUUAUGGAAUAAAAGCCCAUAUUUUAAAUUCUGUGUUCCCAUUUAUACUUCAGGCAUUUGAGAACUCGUUUUGAUUUUGAAUAAACCAUUUGAAUCUGUUGAAUUUGCUGUUGUACAUACUUCUAACUUUGGCAUAAAACUUGUUUUAGUUAACAUAGUAUUGAACUGAAGAUUAUUACAAAGAGGAAAGAAUCCAUUACAUGUUUUAAAUUAAACAGAUUUAAAGCUUAGCCCUAUAUUUCCAUGGGAAUUUUUUUUUAAGAGAAUUUAGAGAGAAACUAUCUUCUCUUGAAUGGCAGAGGAAGUAUUCAUUUGAUUGGCCUCAUGGCUCUCUCUUACUUCCUGGGAAUUGUUACUGUAAUUUGAGACAGUACUGGAGAAUUAAGCAGUAAACAGAAACCAGAAAAAAAAAAAAGAGGGAGAGGACUAAGAUUUGGUUAACUCAAAUUGAAAUUCCCCUAAAAAAGGCAGAAGAAAAUAAAGUUAACAGCUGAAAACCAAAGUGGACUUUUUGACCCAAAGAGAUUUUUGACUCAUUCCUUAAAUAAAACAUCAUAAAUGUGAAUUGAAUAUAAUACAUAUUCUGACUGUUAACCAAGUUAUGUUAUGUAUAAUUAGUGGUACUAAGGUAUUUUAUUUUUUCUUUUCCCCUACUUCUUCCAACUUUGUACCUCCCUUCUAGAAUAUAAGAUUAAAAUAUAAUUGAAAAAUUUUAAAACACUGAGUAAACUCAUGAUAAAUUGAUAUAUAUUUUUCUGCCUUAAUGGCACACAUACCUGAGUGUUUCUGUGAAAAAUAUGUUUAUUUUAAAUAGCCACCUUCAGAUGGUAAAAUGUUGGCCUAAUUACAUAGUCACACAGAUGCUAUUAAAAGUAGUUUAAAUUAACUGAGUUAAUUUUUCAACUGCAGUUGACCCCUGAACAACACAGGUUUGAACUGUGCAGAUCCACUCAUAUGCAGAUUUUUUUCAAUAAAAUACUCCAGUACUACACAAUAUGCAGUUGACUGAAUCUGCAGAAGCAGAACCAUGGAUACAGAGGGCAGACUGUGGGACUUGAGCAUCCUCAGAUUUUGGUACUGCAGCAGGUCCUGGAAGCAGUCCCCCACGGUGUUUAAGGGUCAGCUGAGUAUCACUGUAUACUUGAGAUUGUACAGAACAUAUUGAUGGUCAGUCUGGUUUCUAACAACAUAUAUAUCACUGAUGUCUACCAUAGUGGCAUGAAACUUUGGGGCAUAAAAUUUGUAAUCAGUAUUUGAUAUAAAUCAUCAGAUGAAGAAUGGCCUAAUUUUAAUAGUCAAAUUUUUGGCUUUUUAAAAUACUUCAUUUUCUUUUCAUAUGUGCUUGAAUCCAUAAGCCUUAAUACCCAAGUAAAGGAUGAACACUUGUCUGAGACUAUAUUUUAAGGAUAUCAGAAUGAGUUCUAUUUUGCUUAAAAGUAUUCUGUUAAUGGUAAAAUGAAACUGAAAGAGAUAUGUGGGUAGUUUUUACAGAGUUGACAUAUAAUUGAGUUCAAGCUAGAAGUUAAAGCAUUUUUGACCAAUUGUCACAGCCUCUGUAUGAAUAGUAAAUUGUAUGAAUAGUAAAUUACAUGGUAUGACUUAGCAUAAACAUAUUUUUUUAAGUAUCUACUCUACUUACACAUUCACCUGUUAAUGUAACAAAUUAGGCACAGAUGAUGGAUUUUGAUAACAGCAGCUGUCAGCCUCUGUUAAAAUCAAUCAGUGGCAAGAUUGUAUAUAUUAAAUCCUGUAUCAUGUCAGGAAAAUUUAUUUACAGUUUAACCACUAAUAAGCAUAACUGCCAGCUUUGCUGUUGAUAUUUUCAUGAUGUGUUUUGGCUCUAGGUAUUUUACUUGUAGGCUAAUUCUUUUCAGUUAAAACUUUGUGGCCUCUUUGAGACAAACUGUCCAAAUGCCUUAUGACAUAUCAUACUUAAAAAAAGUUUUACUAUUCCCUAGAGUUGAAUAUUACCUUGAAAAUUUCCCACAUUUUUUAGUUCUCUUACUUUAAGAGUUAAUGACGCUAAAUUUUUUAAAUGAGUAUAUCAGAAUUUAUAUUUCCAAAUGAGUAUUCUUGAAAGUAGCAUUUAUUCCAGUGAUGUAACCAUUGUGGGAGCCAUCUGUAACCUCUGUUUGGAUAUUGAUUUGAAAGUCUGUUUCUAACCACUCAAGAAUAUAAUUUUAUUACUUCUAGUUACUCCUUAAUUUAUACUGAAAAUGUGAUCACUAAGCUUCAUUCACCAGACUUGGCCUUUGAAUGGUCUUCAACUGUUUCAAAACUUAAAUACCUCCUUUCUCCUUUUCCAUGGAUACAGAUUUGUCACUAUUGAAGUUAUUUAGGAGAACCCAUCGCACACAUCUGCCCAGUUAACCUUUUUCAUUGCAGUUUAAAUCAUAUUUCUUCUUCUUCAAGAAUUUUAAUGGAUCCCCAUUAUCUACUAACAAGACCAAAUUUAUCCUUCCUUCCACUUUUUGCUCACCACCAACUUUUCUAGACCCCAAACAAAAAUAUUUUCCUUGUUUGCUGACCCUACCAGUUGGGGUUCCACAGCAUCUGAUAUUUUUCCCCUGCCAUCUGCCUUAACCAGGUUAUGGUCUAGUCGUUUGGGCAGUAGCUUCUUCCUACUUCAUGUGGAGUUUCUUCAAGGCAACGGACCGUUUCUUA